AUGGAUCUUCUCUCUGCCACCUGCGACAACUUCGGACUGGCCAUAAACACUGAGAAAACGGAAGUUAUGAACCAACCGCCGUCCGACACUGCCUACAUCGCACUCCAAAUCAACGUGAAUGGCGCCCAACCGCAAGUCGGGGACAACUUCACCUACCUGGGUAGCACCCUAUCCCGCAUCACCAAGAUCGAUGAUGAAGUGGCUCGCCGGACCUCCCAAGCCAGCUAUGCCUUCGGCCGUCUGCAAAGCACAGUCUGGGAUCGUCACAGAAAAGAAGAUGUGCAAGGAGGUCAUCCUGCCGACGCUGCUAAUAUGGGGCGGAUACCUUACGGUGUAGAAGAAGCAGGACACUCAAUCACACUCACCUCAGCUGUCUUCAACGGAUAA